GCUGCCGGUCCUCAGUGCGCCUGCGCCCAACUGAGGCGCGCACAGAGCAGCUAUUGUUAGCCGCAGGUUUCCUCACACUUGAUCCCCGGCUACCUGUUGCCUCUUUGCCGUUGUUAUUUGCUCCAAAAUAACGCUGUCGAGGAACCAGUCGCAGCCAGGUGAGGGAAGAGAAAGGUGUCGUCGGUGGGAAGAAAGAAGGAAGGAAGGAAAGGAGAAGAGCUCGACGCGGAAACAAGGAAGUAAAUAAGAGCGAGGAAGAUUGUUGUUCUUCAACAGGUUCCAAUGUUUUAGCAGCGCUGACAAGCAAACCACGAAAAGAAAAUGCCACUGGGUCCGUGGAGGAAGAAAAACAAGUCGACCAAGGAGCACCUGGUGGACAACGAGGAGGUCGGCGGCGGUCACGCAGGUGCCGGGGGUUCGCUCACUAAGUCCGCCGUCAAUGGCGCCGGGCUACCGCCUCCGCCCGCCAACCUGCGGCCCAAACUGGUCUUCCACACGCAGCUGGCCCAUGGAAGCCCCACGGGUAGGAUCGAGGGCUUCGGCAACGUCAAGGAGCUCUAUACCAAGAUAGCAGACGCCUUCAAGAUCAGCCCACCAGAGAUCCUCUUCUGCACCCUCAACACUCACAAAAUUGACAUGGAAAAGCUGCUGGGGGGGCAGAUUGGCCUGGAGGACUUCAUCUUCGCCCACGUCAAAGGGAUCAAGAAGGAGGUGGAAGUGUUUAAGUCGGAAGACGCCCUCGGCCUCACCAUCACCGACAACGGAGCGGGAUACGCCUUCAUCAAGCGCAUCAAGGAGGGCAGCGUUGUGGACAAGGUGAAGGUGAUCUGCGUGGGCGACCACAUCGAGUGCAUCAACGGCCGCAACAUCGUAGGAACACGGCACUAUGAGGUGGCCCGCAUGCUCAAAGAGCUACCCAAAGACAAGACCUUCACCCUCAAACUGUUGGAGCCCAUGAAGGCCUUUGAAAUGCUGGAGCCCAGGUCCAAAGGGGCCAAGCCCAGCAAUGACAACAAGGUCGGGAACGGCAAGGGAACGCUGAGACUUCGCUCCAAGGGACCAGCGACAGUAGAAGAUGAGCCAACAGAGUUUGAUGAGAAAGCAGUAAAGAAGGUGGAUGACCUCCUGGAGAGCUACAUGGGCAUCAGAGACACUGAACUUGCUGCAACGAUGGUGGAGGUGGGCCGUGACAAGAAAAACCCAGACGAGUUCGCCAUGGCGCUGGACGAGACUCUCGGGGACUUUGCCUUUCCGGACGAGUUUGUCUUUGACGUGUGGGGCGCCAUCGGAGACGCUAAGCAGGGAAGGUUCUAGGUGGGCCCCACAAACACACGCCUCGUCUUUUUAUUGCAAUGCACCUUUUUUGUUUGUUUUUUAAUCCUGGAAGAAGCUCAGUGGUGACAAGGGGAGCGAGCCAAAUGUUGUUGCUGGUCGAGACUGGCGAAGGUCUGUGACACGUGCACAGAUCGUACUUCAUCUUUGAGAGCAUUUUUAAUCAUAGCUGUGUCAUUCUCAUUGCAAACAUCACGCAGCUUUGUAUAGUUGUUUUUUUUUAUAAAGAGCAAAAUUAUAAUGCAGUCAUUUUAGGAGCAACUUCACUAUAACUAACGACUCCUUACUCGUCACAAAGUAGAUUUAAAUGCCUUCGCACAGCUGGACUUUACAGUCAUCUUCCUUCUUCACUUAACUUAUUUUGUCGUAAAUAAUCUGCCAUAAUACGCUGAAAUGUCUGGAAUGUGAUAAGCUCCCACCCAGAGUCUGGCAAACGAGCCAGACUCACGUAAACACGUAAACUUAAGACCAAACUUAUUCAUAAGAUGGACUUUUUUUUUUUUUUUUAAGUGUUUUUUAUGGAUUUCUUUUAGCGGGAAAUGACACAAGAUGAUGUCACCCUCUCAAAAUAGUUCAUUAAUGAUCUAUCUUUUUGCUAAAAGCAAUAAAGAUAGAUCAUUUGUUUUAAUAUCUGAUAUUUACGGAGCCCCUAAAGCAGGGGUCCCCAAACUACGGAUCCGGCCCCCCAGCAUCCAAAAUCCGGCCCACAGGAAGUCCCAAGUUAAAAAAAAUAUAUAUAUAUUUUUUUAAUCUUUCCUUUUUAAUCCAUUUUCUACCGCUUGUUACUCUUGGUGUCCCCUAGCCGCUCGGGCAAAUCAUAUUGUCUAAAAAUGAAUUUUGCCAUCGAUAACGUGACAAUGUUAAAUGUUGAUGAACAUCAAUGUUAAUUGAUGUUAAAUGACAAAAUGGAUUAUAAAGACAAUGUAUAUAUGUAUGUAUGUAUGUAUAUAUAUAUAUACACACACACAUACAGCCUGGCCCCCGGCCAAUUUUUUUUAACCCAAUGCGUCAAAAAGUUUGGGGACCCCUGCCCUAAAGGGACAUGGGGGAAUCUUUU